GUGCGCAGGCGCGGUGAGAGUGGUGCCGAACCGCGGCUGCGGCAAGUUGAGCACGAUGCAGAGAGAACAGAGUCCCUCUGCUUCCCUCAUCGAUAGAACCAUCAAGAUGAGAAAAGAGACAGAAGAUAGGAAAGUGGUUUUAGCCUGGGGACUCCUAAAUGUUUCUGUGGCUGGCAUGAUAUAUACUGAAAUGACUGGGAAAUUAUUAAGUUCAUACUAUAAUAUUACAUACUGGCCCCUCUGGUAUAUUGAGCUUGUACUUGCAUCUCUCUUCAGCCUGAAUGCUUUAUUUGAUUUCUGGAGGUAUUUCAAAUAUACUGUAGCACCUACGAAUCUGGUCAUCAGUCCUGGACAGCAAACACUUUUAGGAUUGAAAACAACUGUUGUACAAACCACUCCUCCACGUGAACUGGUGGCAAACAAUAUCCCUCCCUCUACACCUUCUCCUCCAAUACAGGGUCAAAGUGUGUUGAGUUAUAGCCCAUCUCGAUCCCCCAGUACAAGCCCCAAGUUUACUAUGACAGGAUAUAGCCCUCAACUUCCAGGUCUGUCAUCAGGCAGCAGUGGUUCUUACAGCCCUGGAGUGACUUACUCACCUAGCAGUAGUUAUAGUAAGGUGUCUGGUUAUAGUCCUUCCCCUGGUUCUUCUCCAUAUCCUACAACCAUUGGUCCCGCAGAGAGCUGUGGCUUGCGAUCUCGGUACCGGGCUUCACCAACUGUAUAUAACUCUCCAACUGGCAAAGAAGACUACAUGACAGAUCUCAGAACCCUGGACAGUUUUCUCCGAGGGGAAGAAGAGAAGCAACAUAGGGUUCAGCUGGGGAGUACAGAUUCUACUUCACCUUCUAGCAGUCCUACUUUCUGGAACUAUAGUCGUUCUGUGGGUGAUUAUGCACAGAUGCUAAAGAAAUUUCAAUACCAGCUGGCUUGCAGGUCCCAGGCCCCAAGUGCUAACAAGGAUGAAACUGACCUUGGUUCUAAACAGGCUGCAGAAGAGGUGUGGGCAAGAGUGACUAUGAAUCGACAACUUCUUGAUCAUAUGGAUUCGUGGACUGCCAAGUUUAGAAAUUGGAUCAAUGAGACAAUAUUAGUGCCACUUGUUCAGGAAAUUGAUUCUGUCAGUACACAAAUGAGAAGAAUGGGCUGCCCAGAGCUACAGAUAGGAGAAGCUAGUAUUACUAGCUUGAAACAAGCUGCCCUGGUCAAAGCCCCACUCAUUCCAACUUUGAAUACUAUAGUGCAAUAUCUAGACCUUACACCAAACCAGGAAUACUUAUUUGAAAGGAUCAAAGAACUCUCCCAGGGUGGUUGCAUGAGCUCAUUCCGAUGGAAUAGAGGUGGGGACUUCAAAGCACGAAAAUGGGAUACAGACCUGCCCACUGAUUCUGCUAUCAUUAUGCAUGUAUUUUGCACUUACCUUGACUCUCGACUACCUCCACAUCCUAAGUAUCCUGAUGGAAAAACAUUUACUUCUCAGCACUUUGUUCAGACACCAAAUAAACCAGACAUUACAAAUGAAAACGUUUUUUGCAUCUACCAGAGCAACAUUAAUCCUCCCCAUUAUGAGCUAAUUUACCAGCGUCACGUCUACAGUCUUCCAAAGGAUAGAAAUAACAUGUUCCAUACGUUAUUGAUGUUCUUAUACAUCAUAAAGACCAAAGAGUCAGGAAUGCUUGGGAGGGUUAAUCUCGGCCUUUCAGGAGUGAAUAUUUUGUGGAUUUUUGGAAAAUAACUCGCUUAGUCUCUUGCUUUUGAUCUCCUUUAUUUUAACUGGAGGGUUGAUCUUGGUCUCAGGAGUGAAUAUUUUGUGAAUUUUUGGAGACUAGCUCAUUUAUCUUUGAUUUUGAGCUCCUUUAAUUUGACUGGAUCAAAUAAAAAUGUCAUCCUUUUUGAAAAAGAUUCUAAGACUCCUGUUGCUGCACAGUCUGAAAUAGGAUACAUAAAACACUCCUAACAAAAUGAAAGCUGGAGUAGUAAGAAGCUGUUGUCAUUGUUAACUCUGACAUCUUCUGUUACAAAAAAGUCAUCAACUUUGGUUUACAUACAUUUCAGGGUUUUGUAAUUAAAAUAUUGCCCUCUAGAGUUCCUUUGAAGAAAGCGUGUCAUCCUUUUAAUAAACUAGGGUUUUGGGGUGACCCUCAGAAACAAAUCCAAUCCAUAGGAUUGCAAAACCACAUACCUAAGAUAGUUUCAAAACUAUCACAAUGAUAGUUUUCAGUCUCAAAUAUUUUGGCAUAGGUUCAUAUCUUAAAGACAGUAAAUUGUGAACUCAGUUGGUAAUUUGUCCUCAAAUUUCCCCUGUCUUAUGAAUCACACAAAACAUAAAAGCUUAAUUAUUGGUUAAAACUAAUUUACCAGAGAUGGUAAAAAGAUUUUACGGUAUUAGUUCCAAAGAAUCUGAAUUCAAGUUAAACCUGAAAUUUUGACAGAAUUUCAUUCAGCUCUUUGAUCAAUGUUCUCAGGGGUAUUGGGGAUUAGUGAGUAACAAAGAACUUUAUAACAUUUGGUUUUGAUGUGCCAUUCACAGUAUUGUAUUAUUUGAACAUUUCUGUCUUUUAAAGUUAAAAUGUCAGCCUACCUGUUUUAAACUCUCCAGAAAAAAAUUAUUAAUGCCAAGAGAAAGUAUAUUUUUUGUAUUUUCUUGCUUCUUUCAAAGAAGGGAAAGGGGAUAGAUUGUAAAUAAUUGAGUGUGAUAGUGAAUGUGUAGCUAGAAAGGAAACUAAGGAUUACUAGGAGUUUGAGUUUAUUAAAAAAUGGGUUUAUUAAAAAUGUCAUACCAAACUUUUUUUCCCCCCCAAAACAUUACUACAUCAGGAAAAUGCUGCAGACAUGCCUGGAUUUCUCUAAGGCUUUUGAUAGUCUGUCAUGAUACACAUGUGGAUAAGGUGGAAGAAUAUGGAUGCCAAUCUAGUUAGAUGGAUCCAUAGCUCUCUGACCAUAUCCAAAGAGUUACCUGAUUAUCAGUUGUCCUCCUAGAGGAAGAAUUCUAGCAACAUACUACAAGACUGCCUUUCACUCUCUUCUUAUCAGUGAAUUCAAUAAAGACAUAAAUAGUAUGUUUACAAGAUAGAGUUGGUAGGCUAGCUAAUAUAUUGGCUAAUAGAUUCAUCCAAUCUUACUUGGUAAAAUUAUGGGCUAGAUAAAGCUCGAUAUGAAUUAUAGUGAGAAUGACAGCUUAAAAAAGCUAAUGUAAUUUUAGGGUGCAUUUUCACUUGUAUGUAGUACUCUAAAGUUCACAGAGCACUUUGUUUAUAGCAGCCCUGUGAGGUACGUUAAUGCAACUGUUCACCCAAUUUUAUGGAAAAGGUACCAGAAAGGUUAGGUAAUUUGACCAUAGUCAAAGUGCUCAGUGGGGUCAGAGCCUACAUUUGCCCUCUAACUCCAAGUCCAGUGCUGCUUCUGUACCAUAUUUCCUUUCUAGUAGCCGGUAGUGUCCAAAAAAAGGGACAAUGAUUGUUCCACUUUUACUCAGCAUUGAUCAGAUUAAACCUGAUGUGUUUGGUUUUGGGCACUACAAACAAACUUAUUUUUACUAUCAAUACAGAAACUGUUUGUUUUAGGUUAAGCACAUUGGCUGUGAUGUCUUGGGGGGGGAAAUGUGAACAGAAGUUGUUACAAACGUUAAAAUUUGACAGAUUUCAGUGGGUGGUGAUUGAAAAUAUCAUUGCAGAACAGUUGAUGGGAAAAUAUAUAAUUUGUUGUAAAAUGUUUAAAACCAGAAAACUGAUGAUCAAGCAUUUCCUCUUCCUUUAUGCCUUCUACCCAGGAUUUUCAAAAAAUUAGAUCCAUGAUAAAUUUUGUUUAUAUUGAUGGUACCAUUCUGUCUUUGGCAAGAGUUUACAAUAAAAAUAAAAUGUAAAAAACUGGCUAGAUGAUAUAUUUGGAAAACAACAAAAUGUUUUCUGUGGGUAUUAAGACUAUUGUUUUUUGUAUUAUUGAACUAUAAUUUGACUUUGGUUUUAACACGGUUUUAUUUCAUUUCCAUUCUAAGGGUAACCAAAUUUGGUCCUAUACCUAACUCAGGAAUCUGUUAACGUUUUAGUAUUAGUACUGUCGCUUAAGAGCACUGGUAAAAACUGUUCUGAGUCUGAACUUCAAGAGGAAUGCCCAUGUAGUAAUGGUUUGAGUGCCUUGUUUUAAGUGAAAGAGUUUGGAUUACAUUUGUAUAUUGUCUUUUCUCUUAAUUUCUAAAAAUUAAAAACAAUGUCUUUUAUGUGUCACUUGAA